UCAGUUACCCACCCCAUCCCCCAGCUCUCUCACUCUCACCACGGUUCACCGCCAUCACACGCUCGCCUCCGUCGCCGCGCCUCUCGCCGGAUCCACCGCAUCGUGUGCUCUCGCCGAAUCCACGGCACGCUUGUGUCUCGCCGUUCUCCUCCGCUCGUCAUCCCUCGCGUGCUGGUAGCCAUCGGUGUUGCUCUCUCUGCCUCGUAUUCUGCUCGUGCGCCAUCACUGCACCCAACGCCUGGUGUGCUCCACUGCUCGCGUCUUGCCUCUCUUCCUGCAGCUGUGCUUCCUGGUGAGUGCUCGCGUCUGGCCGCGCCUCCGUCCCUCCCUCGCCUUUCUUCCACGGGUUUUGCUGCCUGCACUGACUGCUGGAUUCUGCCGCUGCAACAACAAUCAACAUCAUCAUCACUGUGGAUGCUGCUAUGUGUUCUCACUCCACCGUCGCCGUAGCUAUGUAAUACCUCUCCAGCGAGGCUGCAACCUGUGACCUCGUCGUCCAUCUGCUCACUUCUGGUGUUAUGUGCCUCUCUCUGCCGCUGUUGUACUUUCUGCUCAUCUAGUCUCGGUCGCUUCCUCUGUACUCUCUCUGGCCACUGGAAAAAAAAAUGAAGAUUGAUAACUGCAGAGAAAAGACAGCCAAAUGAAAUAGUCUUCCGACACAGAGGGAGGAGAGGGAGAUGGGAGAGAGGAAUGAUGGCUCCAUGAAGACUUGCCACCACCAUGGUUCGUUCACGUUGAUCUUUCAGUACACACCAACGACGAAAGACGGCAACCUCAUGUCCAGUUGUGGCUCAGAUGAAAUAGACAAAUCCAUAGAUGUUGGCGGCGAUGGUAGCCAUUGCACACUACAGUAUUGAUUUGUGCACAAGUUACUCCAUCUCAUGCCUAACACAUUAUUCUGUUGGCAAUGGAUGGCAAUGUUUUAUUCGAUGAAGGCAACAACGAAGAAGCCAACAACAAUAAUAAUGGCACUAUCAGCAACUCCAAGGACCGGAAGAGGAGAAACUACAUGCUUGAUGACGAUAGCCCCAAGGUGGCACGCCAAAAACUUGCCAAGAGGAUCCUCUUGUCUUUGACUAACCCUUCCUAUGUUCUGAGACUUGGUUCCAAACCUCUGAGGUUGGAUUACUGCACAAGGUUGCGGUACCUGCUGACGAAGCUUGUCAAGAAACAUGACUGGGCCACUGCCAGUGGUGUUCUCAGUGCUUACUUAAAGGGAACAAUGAACGACAAGUCUCCAUUCAGGAAUUGCCUCAAGUUCUCGGCUUUAUUGGAGCUUCUUAAGCACGUGGAAAACUAUCAUAUUAAUCUAACAAGGAUGAAGAACCUCUUUGAUAUUUGGUCGAAGAAUAUUGGAUCAAUGAAGAGUUGGCCAAUAGAAAGCAGAUAUAGAGUUCAUGUGGAGUUCAUCUUAUUCUGUCUUGUGCAUGGCAAUACUGGGGAUGCAUAUCAGCUUGUCAUAAGCCUUGAGCAAGAAAAAGCUGAUCUUGAUCCUGUGUCAAAGAUAAUUAUGGGCUUGACAUACUAUACGCUGUGGUAUUCUUCUAUCCCCGAAGAAUUUCAGUGGAAAGAUUCAGACCAGGCUGACUUGCAAAAGUACUCACGUAUGGAGGGGCCCUCCAUCAGCAAUGAAGUUGGACAGUCAGAGUGGCAUAAUACAGUUGAAUCCUUUCUGGCAAACUCCCAAAGCCAUUGUGAAUCAGACACCUCUGUUUUGAAGGAUAAGCAUAUAUCUAGGGAUGUUGGGUUCAACAAUGGCGUGGGAGAGUCUAUGGAGAUUGAUGUUGAUCAUAGAAGAAAAGCAUCGCAUCAGAACUUACAGCCAGGAGAAGGUUUUCGCUCUAAGUCCGAAGAAAAUGAAGGAAGUAGAGACUCCUUUUCCAACCAUGGAGGCCUUACACAAGAUACCUUAAAUGUUAUUAGGCAACUUGAUUGGUGGUUGUUUCCCUUGGAUUUUCCUGAUGAUAAUAGUUUUGAGGAGUUCAUGUAUGUGCACUCAAAUCAGCAAAAUGACCACUAUAAAAAGGCUGUGAAAUAUUUACAACUAGCUCUCGACUCAGCACCUUCAGUAACAGCAGCAUUACUUCCAUUGAUACAACUGUUGUUGAUUGGAGGUCGUGUUGAAGAAGCCCUAAUUUUGAUUGAGAAGGAGUGUAGUAAUUCAUCAUCUGUGCUCCCUGUAAGAUUGAGGGCUGCGUUCUUGGAGUGUUCUGAUCGAAACAACUCUGACUUGAUUGUCACAUGUUUCGAGGAUAUGCUAAAGAAGGAUCCACAAGAAAGUUAUCCCUUAGCAAAACUUAUCAGAAUGUACCAAAACGGUGACUAUAGCCUUGAAUCUCUGUUCGAAAUGAUUGUUUUACAUUUAGAUGCUACUAGUGCAGAAUACAGUACGUGGAGGAUGUUAUCUUCAUGUUUCUUUAAACUCUCUUGCUACGAAGAAGAUUCUAUAUCUGCAAACCAUACUAAUGAAGAUGGAGAUAGGCAACAUUAUUCCUUUAGAAAAACCCCAAAAGUGUUUACACAGGAAAUCUCCGGAAUGUCUUGGAGGUUACGCUGUAGGAGCUGGCUACUAACACAUUUCAGCCAUAGACAGCUUAAUUCAGAUGUUGAAGGUGAUUUGCAGCUACUCACAUACAAAGCAGCAUGCGCAUCCCAUAUGUAUGGGCAAGAUUUCCACUAUGUUUCAAAGGCUUAUUUUGUAUUAGAAAAUGAAAAUAAUAAGGACUUAUUGUUGAUUUUGGGUGAGCACAGGCAAAAUUCAUUUGAAUUUUAUCAGCAAUUUCAAAAUAAACUGAAAUUAUAACAUGAUUUGUUUGUUGCAUGUAGUGAUUCUGUGUAAUUAUUAUUAUGGUUUUCCUUGUUAUGUCUUAUGAUUAUUGGACGAAAUUUGUUAGCUUAUCAUAUCUUGAUAAAGACUUUACUAAAAAGCAUAUCUAGUUUCUUUUGCUCUUCA